ACAUUCAGUUCUACAAUCGCUCAGAACGUGUUUGGUUGCAACGACGAUUUAGCGGAGUGUACGCGCGGCAACUCGGUAUAAGCAUACAUAACGUGUGUGUGCGCGGUGGCAAAGCCAUCCGGCCGGUGAAGUGUUUUUGUCCAAGUUGUUAUUCCAGUAGAGUUGAUGUUUUUGUAAACAAAAUCUACUUAAUAAUAAGUUGUAAAGAUAAUAGUUUCGUGCGUGAUUUUAAUGGAGAUACAAAAAUACAUAAAUAAAUACCGCGUGAAGUUUGAAAAAUAAGGAAAAAACACGUUAAGCGGCGGCUCCGACAAAGCCACAACCAGGGACAGAGAAUAGCUUCAAUGACGAACAAUUAUUUUCCACUGUCGCUGUUUUGAAGUGAGUUUGCCAAAAACAAAUUAGUGAUUUGUUUUUGUAUAACCAAAAAAAAAAUAAAUUGUCCAAAUUUGUGUAAAUAAACUAAAAUGUCGAUGGCAUAACUUUGUGGUAAGCAAAAUCUAAAAGUUUUUGUGUAUACCAACAAAUCAAAGGAAUAAGCAGAAAUGAUUAAUCUAAAAAAAUCACUAUAAAAAAGGAGAGAAAAGGAAAUAAAGUGUACAGAAAGCGAUUGGCAAAGCAGCACAAGCAAGUAUUUUAAUAAUAAAAACAAAAAUAAAAUCAAUCACACACAGACAAUUUAACAAAACUUUUCCAAACAAAGUUCAGUAGAAAAAUAGUAUUACAACCACAAAUAAGGGAAAAAUAAAACGAUUACCACCAAUCGCCCAUCCCGUGAAAAAAUUGUGCUUAAAAUAUUAAUUUACACGCAUACAUAAAUACAUAUGUACACAUGUAUAUGCAUGCAAGUGUAUAGAGAGUGAUUAUAUAAAGCAACACAAUUAAGUGUACGGUGUUACCAAAAUGAAAGUCUCGCAACAUCUAUAGUUAUAAGAAUAACAUCAAUUGGCAACCGUGGAGUCUGCAGUAUCCGCCCAUUGGCGUGGGCCAACAAUUUCAUAAGUUAUAAAGCGACGCAAUCAACGACGUGGGCGAUAUCAAUUACAUUGAUGGCAAUGUGUUUGCUACAACACAGCAUCUUAGUUCAUCUACUAAUUAAAUAUCUGUUGAUCCUGUGCGAAAAUGGCUUAUUGACAACAAGCAAAACAACAGGUAUGUAUCACAUCAUCCUUCUUAAUGGCAUUCUUCUAAUUAGCGCCAACGGUAAUACAAUCAUCUCUGGACCAUUUCUGCAACUUGAAAAACCAGAAACCACAAGAUUGUUAAUCACAAAACAUCAUCUGUAUCAUUAUCUUCCGUGCAUUGCCACCAUUGAGGAGAACUACUACGACAUUAGCAACGAAACACACUACUUUUACACCUGGUAUCGCAAUGAUCAAGUGGUGGAGACCCACAGCCGACGCAACGAAUUCAAAAUCUAUCGCAAUGGUACACUACGCUUGCCACCAACGGAGAAGGCGGCUGGCGCUUAUCGUUGUAAAAUCAAUGCUAACACAACCGCGGUGUUGUCGGAGCUUAUCACGGUGGAAUAUCCUGUACUUAAACGCGUAACAGCUCCCGCCAAUAUAACCGCCACAACAGGUCGUCCACUCACGCUCGAGUGUCCGGUCAUAAGUGUGCCGCCAGCAAAUAUUACCUGGUUCUAUGGAAAUGUAUCGUUAUCAAAGCAAUUCGAAGACAACAGGUAUUUAAUACUUGCCAAUGGCACACUUGUGUUGCGGAAAUUGACUUUGGAUGCCGCGGGGCGCUAUAAAUGCGGGGCGCAAAAUCAAUUUGCCUCAAAGAUUCAUCGACAAUUUAUGUGGGCCUUAAAUGUCCACGAGGAUCCUACAACAACAAGCCGCAAUGAGCUUUUACCCAGUCUACAAAAUACAACGCAGUAUGUAGCAACAGGCGCCAACUGUGAGCUACGUUGCUAUGAACAAAUUGAUGGACAACCGAUCGAGUGGUGGUAUCGUACAACAUUGAAUGCCGCGCCACUGAAGAUCAGCAACCACAGCAAUGCAUACAGCAUAGAACAAGCUAGCCAGGAGGCACAUCAAGGUUACUACUCUUGCGUUACGGGAAGAAGUAAUCAGACUUUUCAUGUGAUCGUUACCUCCCCACCGGUGAUCGUCGAACCGCUCGUCUCGUACGAAACUUUGAUUACCGCUUCGUUGCAGUUUCGUUGCAGCGCCACCGGCAAUCCCCGGCCGGUGAUCAGCUGGUAUCACAACGGGGUUCCUCUCAACAGUUCCUAUACACGCUACAUCAUUGGCAACGAAUUACAUAUACACUCCUUCGAUCCGAUUGAAGCAGGCAUUUAUCAAUGCUUUGCACGCAAUCUCGCCGGGGAGGUUUACAGCGCGGGAGAGUUGCGUUUUCGCAACAAAGGCGACGAGUUGUUACUAAAAAAUCCACUGCAGAAUAUACGCUGCUAUGCGCUCAGCUUUAAUACGAUCAAUGUGACUUUUGAGAGCAACUUUUUUGAGUCGCUCUUCAUUGUGCACAUUGUGCAGAAUAAUCCACAUCGCUGGAUUUCUCCAUUUGCCCCCAUGAAACUCAAUCAUACCUCACAUUUGGUCAUUUCGAGCCACCUACCUGUUUACCGUCCAUUUGAGCUGAUUACCCGCGUACUUGUACCAACCUCGGAGAUACGUUUGGCCAAUAAGCCGCAGCAACAAACAAUACUCAGCUCAUUACGCAGCCCACCGGUGACAUGCUGCACUCAAGGAUUACUUUUACAUUUGGUUCACAUGGGCAAUGACACUUUUGUCACUUGGUCGCAACCCGAACUGGAGGGCAAGAAGUAUUUUAUAAUACAGUUAUCCUCUAAUUACACGCAACCACAUCCCAAGCAGCUGCUUAACCAAAGGCUACGCGGCACCACACAACAUGUGGAUCUAACGCCGCAGGAUGUCGCUCAGAAACUUUGUGAUAUCAGCGCGCUCAACGAGGCAGAGAUGCGCGCGGUGUUGAGAGGCGCUCAGGCGCAGUAUAUUGACAACAAUAGUCACGUGGAGUUGGAGGAGGAAUUAUUUAGCUUAGUUGUUCGAGCGAAUGUGACGGGAGUGUUGUUACCAAAUUUUCAACGCAUGAAAUUGCGCGUACUGAUUAUUACGCGUGAAAAUGAACAUCUCAGGCAAGACUUUCGCUAUGUACAAUGGAAGACGGUCGAGAACGAUACUAACGAGCUAGCCAAUACACCAUUUCGCUUAAGUAUUGUAGAGUCACGAGUGCUCACCUUUCAUUUCCGCGAGGGUUUCAAUGAAUCUUGCGUUCACGUGUGUCAUUGGCAGAUACAAUUCCCCAUUAUACGUAAAGAGGAGCCGAAAUGCGAUCAAUUGCCAAUAACUAAUUCGCAAGUAGAGAUACGAGGUCUCAAGCCAUCGGAACGUUAUCGUGUGAAUUUCUUUAGCUGUGAAACGCAAACGUUCUAUGGGCAAGUGGAUAAGCAGACAUUGCCUGAUCCACCGGGCACCAUCAGCAAUCAACGAAUUAUACGGCACAAUGGCUUAAAGCUUCUUUGGGAUCCGCCCCUGCAGCCCAAUGGGAAGAUCCAUCACUACAACAUUUUAUGGACGUUGGGCAAUGUGACGCACGAGGUGAAUGUUUUAGACUGUACUUCGUGUUCCUUUAAGUUUCCUAACAUCUCCGAGACGGCGAAAAUCAAUGUAACUGUACGCGUUGUAGGUGAAACCGGCGUCGGUGCUCCAAUUUUUAUCGAUUUGCGCAGCAUUAGCCACCAUUCGCUCGAAAUUGAAUGCCCUUCCAGCGAAUCGGAAGUUUACAGUGGCAUCAUAAUCGGUUCGUUGCUUUCUGUUGCCUGUGUGAUCAUAUUUGCAUUGCUGAUCGUUUUUCAACGACGUCGUUAUAAGGCGCGGACGCAGGGUCCCACACAUCUAAGUUCGCCAUCAGAUAUGAAUUUUGGCAAUUUGAAUAAUCCAAGCAUACCCAGCGAAAGCGCAGGUGGCUUAAGCGGCAGCACUUUUCAACAAGAUUGCCAUGAAAUGCAAACGCUGAUACCGAAAAGCGGGGGCUAUUUGGAUUUAAAUGCCACUCGCGCAAAAGAGUACCAGACUACGCAGCUGCCAAAUGGCAACGGUAAUGGCAAAAUCAUACGACGGCAACUUACCGUCGAAAUGGAGCCGAAUGUCAGUGGCGCGCCGAACGAAAAUGAGCUGGAAGGUCGAGCGAAUGUGUCGCAGAUGCCUUUAUGCAACUCAACACCAGAGAAGCCGCCACAAGAUGGAGCGCAACCAUUUUUCAUACCCUUUAAGCAGACGCCGCCCAACACAGUGGCAACAGCGCUGCGCAAACAUAGUUCCUCAGGUAAUUAUGCCAACAGCGGUGGCGCGUGCAGCGUAGGCGGUGCGAGCGGUUAUAUCGUACCGCCAAAUACGCUGCCGUUUAUUUCAACGCCACCUACAACACUGACGCUUGGCGUAGCUGGUCAACAGCGGAGCGGAAGCCUCAGCAGCAGCAGUUGCGGUGGUAGUGGUGUCGGCAGCGGUGCCGGCGGUCCUAACAGUAGUCGUAGUAGUAGCAAUAGCAGUAAGAAACAGUUCCAUGCAAAUUACUCUAAACAUUCCAAAUCGAAUGAUGUGAUUUGUUUGCUCGCGGACGAGGAGGUGGCAGCAACACUGACGCCAACUAGCGAAGCAGCCGUGGCGUUGGCAUUAACUAAUGGUUUCAAGGCAGCAGCAACGGCGAGAGCCGUAGACGAUUGCUCAGCGCCAGCGUGUGCUACACGAACUACAAGGGACACUAUUUCCGAACAGCAACCAGCCACGCUAGCAACAACUACUGCCACCAUGCAUGCGCCCGCCCCUCAAAAGAAUACUUCUUCGUCGCUAAUUAGUCCUGCCACUCAGCCGAAACGCGGCAAUGCUGUGAAGCUGACGAAAUCGUCUGCGGAGCAGAAGCCACGCAGUUCAGCAGCGCCAAGCCGCGGACACAAUUCCAUAGUUCCUGCCUUCGGAUCGAUUGCUGCAUCGACCAGUGCGACUGUCACUGCGACAUCCGCCAAUCCAUGGUGCACAAAUACACCACAGCUCACAGCGGCAGCGCCAGCCACUGCCGCAGCCGCAGCCGCAGCGUCUGUGCCCAGCAGUAGCAGUAGCAGCACGUUUAGUGUAGCUUUUAGUAGCGCGCAUCGACGCCCAAAUGUCGAUCCAAAUGGUUGAGCAGGCGCGCAAAAGUAUUAAGUUAAAGGGAAAUGUAGGAUUAACGUGCAUACAUAAGUUUGGAGGGUAAAACUUUAUAAGAGUAAAUGAAGGAAAAUUUAAAAAUGAAACACAUUCAGGAUAAAAAUAGUGAUUAAGCGUCAACGCUGUCGCUGCCGCCUCAGGCAUAUGUAGGCGGGCACGCGCGUGCGCUUCAAACGUAAAGGAAAACAUACAAACUACAAAGCAGUAAACAUAAACAUUCCAAAACCUAAGUAUGUGUAUACAUACAUACAUAAACAUAGGAAAUAAACAUACAUAUACACACCUAUA